AGCCAUCUGGGUUGCUGGGGCCCACAGCCUGGCUGCAAGGGCCUAAAAUUCUUGGCUUUAAUUUGGUGUUAAAAGUCUAGCGUCAGAGCAGAGUUUGGAAGGUCUUGUUUGCCUCUGCCAAAUGAAGUUCUGGUGAUCCCUUGAUGUGAGCCAGGUUCUGGGCUGGGCUCUGAAGACAGCAAACAAGCAAGAGACACAGGCCUUGACUCUCUUGGAGCUGAUAUUGCUGUGGGAUGACAGGCAAACAGGUCAACUAAGAUAAUUUCAGACAGAAAUGAGCCAGUGAAACAAAACAAGGUGCAGUGAUGAGAGUGACCAGAGUAGGGGUAGUCAUCAAGACUUCCGGGAGAGAAGACCCUGGAGGUGGUGGUAAUCUGAGGGGGCAGCCAAGCAUGUUCUAGCUGUGGGGACAGCAGGUGCAAAGGCCCUGAAGUGGGACUGGGCAAAGGCGGGGGAGGGGGUUGGUGGGAGGAGGCAGGCAGAUCAGUGCAGGUGGAAGGUGCCGGUGGCCUUGGGCACAUUGAGAGUGGGUGUGGAGGAGAGAUGGGAUUCUGAUGUAUUUAGGUGCAAGUUACAAAUAUAACCUCCUGGAGUUCUCAAAAACCCUGCAUUCCCAAGAUGUCAACACUGAGGCUCAGGUGGCACGACUGACUCACUUUAGCAGCCUGUGGGGUUCCCAGCCCCUUCUCUUUGUCCCAUCUUCCCCAGUGCCUGAUGCAGACCGAAGCCUUUCUUCCUGCCUGUUUCAGGCAGUGGAGGAGGAGGAAGAGAUGGAUCCCCCGGCCUCGGCCUCGAGGGUCUUCUGCAGCCGCAUCCUGAGCAUGGUGAAUGUGGAUGAUGUCAACGCCAUCAUCCUGGCCCAGAAGAACAUGCUGGACCGUUUUGAGAAAACCAACGAGAUGCUGGUGAACUUCAACAACCUGUCAAACGCCCGCCUGCAGCAGAUGAGCGAGCGCUUCCUGCACCACACGAGGACCCUGACGGAGAUGAAGCGGGACCUGGACAGCAUCUUCCGCAGGAUCAGGACGCUGAAAGGGAAGCUGGCCAGGCAGUACCCAGAGGCCUUCAGCCACGUCCCAGAGGCAUCCCUCCUGGAGGACGACGAUGAAGACCCCAUCCCGCCCAGCACCACGACCACCAUUGCCACCUCGGAACAGAGCACAGGUUCCUGUGACACGAGCCCAGAUACCAUCUCACCUUCCCUCAGCCCUGGAUUCGAGGACCUGUCCCAAAUCCAGCCCAACUCCCCUGCCAUCAGUGACCACAGCCAGAUGGAUGAUAAGCAGAUGCCGGGCCAGUAGCUCUGUUCCCAGGCACUCCAAGGGGUCCCAGGUCUCUCCAGGUGUCUGAGGUGGCAGCAGAUAACCCUGCCUGGAAAUGGUCAGCUUUGCCACCCUAUUCUGUCACCCAGGGCACCCUGGGGGAUAAGGCUCCCUCCCAGGAUGGGGGAAUCUGUCAUUCUCACUCCUUCACUGAGGCUAUUUUUCUCCUGCAGACCCUCUGCCAGGCCAGGGGUUGAGCAGCCAGCUGGAGUAGUUGGGCUGGGCACAAGGAAUCUUUUCCAGAGCCAGGCCUGAGGUCUGCUCUGAACAACACUUAAAGGUUCCCAAAGACAAAAGCCAGAUGUCCCCCAUCUCAGCACCCCAGUCAGGACCUCCUUGAGGUGGACAAACACUAUCAUGUCUCAGUUCACGCCCACACCUACUAAUUCUGGUCUCCCUGUCCCUUCCUCCAAGGAAAGUAUUAAAUACUUUCUCCAAUCAGUAUCUCAAGGAGGUUUCUGAAACAGGUGUAGAAAGCUCAAGACCAUCCACUCAGCCCCAAGUGUGAUAAAAGCCCACAUUUGUCUGACCAAAGGUGUGAGCCCUGAGGGCCCUGCAGAUCUCUCUCCCAGGGCCUCCGUGAAGCCAAGCCACCUUGGAAAACAGAAUUUAACAGAAUAUUUUUGUAUCCGAUGUUUACAGAUGCUGUUGGGAAGUUAUCAAUAAAAAGACUAAAAAGAGAA